AUGUGUGGGCUCGCGCCUGGUACCCCCACCCGCCGUCUAUCCGCUAGUAAGAUGAGUUGCUAUGGCCAGUAUGAAUGUGUGGGCUCGCGCCUGGUACCCCCACCCGAGGUCUAUCCGCUAGUAAAGAUGAGUUGUUAUGGCCAGUCUGAAUGUAUGGGCUCGCGCCUGGUACCCCCACCCGCCGUCUAUCCGCUAGUAAAGAUGAGUUGUUAUGGCCAAUCUGAAUGUGUGGGCUCGCGCCUGGUACCCCCACCCGCCGUCUAUCCGCUAGUAAAGAUGAGUUGUUAUGGCCAGUCUGAAUGUGUGGGCUCGUGUCUGGUUACCCCACCCGCCGUCUAUCCGCUAGUUAAGAUGAGUCGAUAUGACCAGUCUGAAUGUGUGGGCUCGCGCCUGGUACCCCAACCCGCCGUCUAUCCGCUAGUAAAGAUGAGUUGUUAUGGCCAGUCUGAAUGUGUGGGCUCGCGCCUGGUACCCCCAACCGCCGUCUAUCCGCUAGUAAAGAUGAGUUGUUAUGGCCAGUCUGAAUGUGUGGGCUCGCGCCUGGUAACCCCACCCGCCGUCUAUACGCUAGUAAAGAUGAGUUGUUAUGGCCAGUCUGAAUGUGUGGGCUCGCGCCUGGUACCCCCACCCGCCGUCUAUCGGCUAGUAAAGAUGAGUUGUUAUGGCCAGUAUGAAUGUGUGGGCUCGCGCCUGGUACCCCCACCCGCCGUCUAUCCACUAGUAAAGAUGAGUUGUUAUGGCCAGUCUGAGUGUGUGGGCUCGCGCCUGGUACCCCCACCCGCCGUCUAUCCGCUAGUAAAGAUGAGUUGUUAUGGCCAGUCUGAAUGUGUGGGCUCGCGCCUGGUACCCCCACCCGCCGUCUAUCCGCUUGUAAGAUGA